AUGUUUGGCGGAUCUGACGGCCUGGCUGAGGUGAUGGCGGAGAUCAAUGGUAGUAGCAUGUCUGGAGAUACAGAACUGGGCAAGCUGAAGCAGUUGAGGACCGGACCAUUGCAGCUGUAUGUGCGCAAGUCCUUCAUGUCCAAUGCCUACACCAGCAUCAAGCUGAAGGAGUUCAUUUCGGUGGUGGUGAAACCAUGUCUUCAAGUCAACGUGUCAGCUGUCCCAGAACACAUGGCAGACGUCAUGGCACGUUUCACAGCGAUUGUACGUGGAGGUGAAGCAUCUGAGCAGGAUGCCUGCAAUCUCAAGAUGGCAGCAAGCUGUUUGAGUGGCGAACUGGAAUCGCAUCCUUUGAUUCAAGGAUUAGUUCUGCAAUGUCAUCGGAUGCUGCACAAAAAAACUCUUGGUGUGGGAAUGCAAGGGCCACGCCAAGAUUGCACCGAACUUGAGCACAGCCUGAUCUCUGACGCAGGUAUGAGCUUGGCAAUGGCCACCGGCAAUUCCGUGCUAGCACGAGAAUUUGGAUUGUCUUCUGCCUUAUGUCGAAUUUCCCUUGAUGAGCUCGACAAGAAUGCCUUGCCAAAUAGUGCACUUGCCCUUCUUUGGCCAGAGCAAUUGAAGGAGAACUUUGUCAUCGCAGACCAGCGGUUCGUGAGGCCUGAGAACACUCCAAAACGCAGAUUGUGCCUUGCAUUCGAUGCAACCUACUUGACGUCUACACUAUCCCAAAUGCAACUUCGAGGGCGCAGAGGGAUGGUGGGUGGAAUGUGGUACCCAGAUGCAGAUGCAGAAGUUGAAAAUGCAUUUGUUCCCUUGGACGGUGACGACAUUGACAUUUCCAAGGUGCGCAAAGCAUCCACAGUUUUGGAAUCCAUACUGUGGGAUCCAUGCGCUCAGAAGAAGUUGCCGCUUAGCAUAUGCUCCAUGCCAAUCGAACACAACUUUGGUGGGGCCCAAGCUUCUUUGAGAGGGAACCUGUACAUGCUCAGCACCAUCGGAAAGCUGCUGUCUCUGAGCCAAGGGGUUGUCAAGGCUGUCAUCUUCGAUGGCCAUGGCACGCAUUUGCAGUGCCGCAAGCUUCUGCAUGGACUUUCGGACCUUGAUCGCGAGACUGUGAGAGGCCUUCCCUUCUUUGCAAGCUUGAAGUACGCUCCGUUGCCUGGCUGCUGUUUGCCCCGGCUUCCCAUCAGCAUCACCUAUGUGAACAAUGAAGUGAUCUGGGGAAUUCCCGGAAUUUGCCAUGCUGUGAAAAAUUCGGGAGGACAGGCAUGCUCAUGGAUCCGCUGUUUGUACUAUGGUCGCUACUGGAACGACCUCACCAUGGCGAGAGAGCAUGGAAUGCCACCAUCAGUUCUUGCGAGAGACUCACCAAUGAGCGACAGGUUUCAAGCACUUCUGUCGUGUCCCUUCUACUUGGACUGUAGCCUUGCUUCAAUGCACGUACCUUGGGCAUUGAGAGGUGCAUUGCUCCAUAACCUCAUUGUGGCGCUCAACAUGGCUCCGCUGCUCCACAGAGACCAGAAUUUGGACUUGGCCACCCGCUGCGAGUGGGCACUGUGUGGCUUUUUGGCCAUUGACGUGUUCAAACUUCUGGCCGAGGAGACAUGCACGAAAAUGGCACUCCCUAAAGGGAGCUGUUUUAUGGCGUCCCAGACGUCCACCAACUUACAGGCAUGCAGCCUCGCUGCAGUGGUCGUUUGCCUGACUCGCGAUGCCACCUUCGAUCCAUGGAUGCAUGGAAAUGCACGCCUAUCGGAGAUCCCGAUAGAGCAAUGGUUCUCUUUCGUGAGGGGCCAGUCACCGAAUAGCCAAGUAUCAGCACGCGGCUAUUUCCAAGCAAGCGCAAGGGUGACCCUCAAACACGGCCAGAAGUUGACCAAGCAGGUUGCAGAAUUGCACCGUGGUGAGGAGCCUCUUUCGGAAGAACAGUUCAAAGCAUGCAGCAAAAAAGCUCUUACUGCUGUGCUUCGCUUGGCUUCCUUGGCAUCGGAUACAAAAACCAGCGUGUUGGAAGCGGCUUAUCGAAAGGCAUGUGCAAGCACCCCCAGCGAGAGAUUCCUGUUUGCAGAUGAAGAGCUGGAAGAUGAUGAGUUUUCUGAUUCCGAAAACGCCCCAGACAUCGAAAAUGAGGCCGAGCAGUUUCUCCAGCAGUUGCAGACCGAGACAGUCUUUAAUGACCCCAACGUGGAGACAGAGGUCCCAGAUGAGGAAAAGAUCGUCGACAUGGAGUUGGCCAAGGUUCCUGAUCAGCAGCAAAUGAGAAGAUUGUUGGAGAAGCCAGAGGCGUUGGUGUCUCAUGAGGAAGCUUCUGCACCUCCCCAACAGAGUACCGGGAGUGGUGAAUUCAUGCCGUGGUCUUUAGGAGAUGCCUUGGACCUCCAAGGUGAUACCUUCAAUGGGCUUUUCAGGUUUGCUGUCAGGCUCCGAUCUGCUCGAGGUGGAUGCGACACCAACUGGGUCCGUCAUGGACGCAAUUUGAGAAGGGCAAGUACAAGCCUGAACUGGCAUCAGUUCAAUGAAAAGCGAAUUGCCGACAUGGAGAAAGAGAAACAAAGUGCAGAGUAUCGCAGCAGGACCACUCGAUUGGCGAAGUGGCGAGAGCUUGCCCAGCAGGCACAGAAAGACCUCGAGAUCGGGGAGUCCGCACCGCAACGCAUAAUGCCUGGUCAUGUGGUUCUCUUCCAGCUACCGAACCGAGAUUUGCAUGGAGGAGUUGAACUGGGCUUAAUUUUGAGUGUGUGGAAGGGUAUCAAAAACCCUCGCCUACAUGCUGGCGAAACUGCUGUCAACUCGGUGAUGGCCUUUCGCUGCGUCUGCUUGAGCAUGAUUGACCAGGAUCAUGCUUCAGAGUGGCAAUGUGGAGCGACAUCCACAGCAUGGACUGUCCGCUUGGAGUCGUUGAUCUGCAUCCUCGACGUUGAAACAUGUGAGCAGCCUGAGACCGGCGACGGGCAGAUGAAGAUUGUCUUGACUGCUGAAUCUGCAGAUGUCCUCGCACGAGUUGAAGGUAUGAGAAGGUGGGCAGUGGCACCCACAAUGACCAGGGGUGCCAAAAAAGCUGCUUUGCUAGCAAACCAAAAUGCCAAACCAAACAAAGGAAAAGGAUCUGGAAAAGGGAUGAAAGUUUCUGAAAAGAGCACUGAUGAGACAGAAAAGAAAGAACCAAAAGAUGAGAAGAAAAAGGAGAAGAAAUCAAAGAGUGCAAAGGUGCUGAAGCUCGAUGUCCAGGAGAUUUCACAACAGAGUUUCCGCCGCCAGACGGCUGGUCGUGAAAACAUCGGCUUUAUGAUGAAGAAGAUCCAUGAGUUGGACACGCAGGUCUUUGCCAAAGCUCCAGCCUUUGAUCCUUUUGGCGUGUGCAGGUUGAAAUUUGAAGGAUCCGAGGAGUUCAGAGUGUAUGAGAUCAUGGAGAAUGCUCCAAAGGCUAUCGAAUUUUUGUACCGCCAUUUCAAGACUCCCAGCGCGUAUGGCAAAAUGGUCUACCAGCAUUUGACCAGCAUCUACACGAGUCUCGAGAAAGAACCUCCAUACCGAAAAGGUUGGCUCAGGUUGAUCAAGGACAUUUGCGACUACAUCAAGGUUAACAAGGGAAAGAAAGAAGUAGAGGAGGAUGAGGGUAAGCUGGAAAAAGAAAGGCGUUUGGCAGCAAAUGUGGUCAGCUACAAAAAGUCGGGAAUCUUGCCCGAGUCGGUCUGUGGCUUCCAAGACUCCUCCUGGGCUGAGAAGUGGUGGGAGCAAUGUCCAGUUACCCGGCUGGACGUCUCGUUGAACACCUUGGAGGCGCUGCCGCCGUCCGUGGCAAAUCUGGUGGACUGCGAGGCCUUCGUGGCGUACUCCAACGAGCUACGGGAAGUGCCGCAGGAGCUCUUCUCCUUGCCGCUAAAACAGUUGAAUUUGCGCAGCAACAACUUGAUGGCGCUGCCGUCAGAGGUGGGCUGCGCAGCCAGCCUGGUGGAAUUGGUCUUGUCGGAGAAUCAGCUGAGUGCCUUGCCAUCAGAGAUACAACAGCUCGAGCAACUGGAGAUCUUGGACCUGGCGAAGAACCAGCUGCAAGACCUCCCAUGGACGGCGUGGAAAGGCCGCAAGUUGAAACGUCUGGACGUUUCCCAGAAUCGGCUGACUUCCCUGCCAGAGUGUCUCCAUGCUUGUGAACAGUUGCGAGAGUUGCUGGCAGCCAAAAACCAGCUGCGCACAUUGGACUUCUGCGACCAUGGCAGCUUGGUUUCGCUGGAUCUCUCCGACAACAAACUGGGAUCGCUGAUCCUGGGAACUCUGCCAUCUUUGGACUCCCUGAACCUGUCCAACAAUUCCUUGGAACAUCUGGAGCUGCGUAUGGUGCCGCAGCUGUCCGUGCUCAUGGCCGAGAGCAACAAGCUGACGAUCUUCCCAGAGGGCAUCCUGAAAGCGGCCGGGCUCAGUACUUUGGACCUGUCCAACAAUGACCUGACGCACGUGCCGCCGGAGCUAGGAAAGGAAAGGAAGGGAAAGGCAAGGAAAGGAAAGGAAGGGAAAGGAAGGGAAAGGAAGGGAAAGGAAGGGAAAGGAAGGGAAAGGAAGGGAAAGGAGAAACUGGAGGAGGAGGCAGAGGAGGAGGAGAAGGCGGAGGACGAGGAGGACGAGGAGGAGGAGGAGGACGAGGACGAGGAGGCGGCCCCAAAGGAAGCAGCUACCAACGGCGUGGAUGGAGAGGGAAGCGCGGCCACGAAGAUCCAAGCUGCAGUUCGUGGAGGCUUACAACGUCAAGCACUGGCCCUGCAAUGUGCCAAGCUGGAGGACAAGAGCCAGAUGCCGUAUACGGUGCUGGUGCCCGCGAUGGUCAGCAAGUUGGGCUUCAAGACCAAGGCCUUUCCCCCGCGCCAGCGCAUUCCGGUGAUGACGGUGGAUCCUAAGGGCUGGGCCUUCAAGAUGCAGAUCCAGAAGGGAGAUGAGCUUAUCAAGGUGCAAAGGAAGGUGCUGCAGUUGAUGAAACCCAGCGAGUUCACGCAUGUGGUGCUAAAUCAACGUCCUUUGAGUUUGACCUUUUUACGAGCUGAUUCCAAGGACGACGACAUGACCUACUCCUUGACCUUGCCCAAGGGCAUCCUCUCGCCGGGUUUCCAGUUGGAAGCCCAACCUCCCCAGUCCAAGCUGUUCGUGGCCUCCGUGGUACCUGACAGCUGGGCGGCCAGCAAUGGUGUUGAGGUCAAUCAUCGCUUGAUCAAGAUGGAUGGCUACAAUGCGGCAAGGAUGUCCUCGGAGGAAUUCGGCCGUAUGCUGAAACUGCGCCCCUUGCGGCUGGAGUUUGGUCAUGGUUUUCACCUGGUGACCUCGGCAGAUGCCUCGGUGAAACACCUGGGCUUUCGGCUUUACAAUACCCAGGACUGUCCCAUGCACGACGGUGAACAGUGCCAGUCACAGUCGCUCACCAAAAUGUCUGGGCAUCACCAGAAUACGGCCACACCUGUUUUACCAGAAGCAGCCACACCCGCAGACGCAGCUGUUGCCCUUUCCACUGACUGUCCCAUGCACGACGGUGAACAGUGCCAGUCACAGUCGCUCACCGAAAUGUCUGGGCAUCACCAGAAUACGGCCACACCUGUUUUACCAGAAGCAGCCACACCCGCAGACGCAGCUGUUGCCCUUUCCACUGAUUUAUCAGCACUAUGGCAUGGUAACUUGACCACACAGCACACAGAUACAGCGGUGUACAUCACACCAGAUGCCAAUGCAGGAUCAGUCACACUGGAUCACAACAUGCUCGUCACAAUGAUGGACAACCAGCUUACCGUUUUUGCAUUCGAAGGCACAGAUCUCAAAUCCUUUUGCAAAGACAGAUGCGACCGACAGGUUCUCUACGACCAAUAUGGUCGCAUUGCCAAGGACCAGAAAUUCCAUGACGAGCUGCUGAUCACUCCAUUUCCGCAGAAACAUUGCCAAUCAUGCAAAGAUGCGCUCACCCUUUUGGCAGCGUGUCACAAUUGCGUCAUCACAAUGCAAUAUGUGCAGCCAAUUGACACAAUUGUGGUGUCAUUUUCCGGUGAACAGGAAUCCAGAAAGAUCAUGGCAGAGCUUUAUGCAGGGGCCAUUCACCAAGACACACUUGAUGAUUUGAAUCGCACAUGCUAUGUUACCCAUGACCCUGUGAUGCCCACUACACAGGUGCAUUUUGCCCCAGCCGACACAGGGCUGCCAGUGCCUCCAGCUGUAUUCCCCAGAGUUCUAGCCAUUGCACUGACACGACGCAUGAUGGACACCCUCAUGACCACCGACGGAAUGCUCAUGCAACUCAAAUGGGAAUCCAGACCGUUGUGGUUUGGAAGAAUUGACCAGUAUGCCACCGCGGAAGUGGUCAAUGCCAUCCUUCAGCAAUCCAUGGCACCCAUGUGUAAACUGAAAGAAACCAGGCUGGUACACCGGGGAAAGCAAUUUGCCUCGGGGUUUUUCCACACAUGCAAACAAGAGAAUGCAGAGGAUAUCAUCUACACUUUCCUGAUCGCUCUGGAAAUGUCAGGAGGGGCGGGACCAGCAGCCACCAAGACGCAACUACGUCAGCAAGUUCGCAAUGGAGUAGCUGCAUGGCUUCUGGAAUCAGGCAUUGAGCUCACAUGGACACAUGACAACAUCGAGAAAAUCCUGGAUGAUGUAGGCAUCAAGAAGUUAGUGCCCAUUGUUGCGCAGCCAGCAUCCCAACGCCGUGACAGCCAGCUGCAUCAAGCUCUCAUUGAUGCCUCCAUUCAGCUUCCAAAGACACAGCCGAAGGUGAACAACUCACCGCAGAUCCUCAAGGCCAAAUCCAAAAGACGUGCCCUGCCAAGCUUGGACCCCAGUGACUUCAAGGUGGACUGCACGUACCUUCUGCAUGAAGAUGGACAGCCAACAACCCAGAUAUCCGAAUUCCGAGCCAACAAACAAGGAGUGUACAUGACUGAUCCCGCAGGUGCACUGCCCUGGCUUCGGGAGAACCAACAGUUAUCCACAGAUGAACUUGGAAUGCUGGUGUUAGGCCCUUUGCCAACCGACACCUCGCUGCCAACGCAAGAGAUAGUUAUCCCAUGCUACAACUCAGAUGCCAAUCAGGUGUUGCUUCAACUGACGCUAGUGCAGUUUGGAUCCAAGCAUCUCAAGAUGAAAGAUUGGGAUAAGACACCCAUGAAAGCAGCAACUAGCAAGGUCAUUUCGAUCACUUUGUGGCGACAGGACUGGUCUAGUGAAGAAUGGGAGGCAGCACUGCAACAUACCACACAAUUUGUCAAAGAUGUCAUGGUCACUGAGGGGCUGCAAACGGCCAUCACAAGUUGCUGGGGACGUUCGCUUCGAAAGGGACGACAGCCUGCCACCAACAAAGAUGCCACUAGCAUACAAAUCCAUGCAGCAAUCGCCGAUGAUCAGUUUCUGCCAGUCCUCAAACUCAGUGGACACAACAAAUUGUGGAUGGCACCGAAAGGUGCAGAUGGCAAACUGACGGAUGAUUUCAAAGUCCUGUGGAUGGACAACGCAUGUGAUAUCCAAAAAGCCUCGGCGCUGACAGCCAAACUCAACGGAGUAGCAGGACAGCAAACAGCAGCCCAUUAUUGCGGGUCCAAGAAAAUCGGCACUCCCUUCAACACCAGCUGCAGCAAUGAGCUCAGAAUGGACAGCCAUUCUCAGAUGCACCAGCUUUGGUAUGCCUUUUUGCAGAUGGGUGCAAUGCCAACCCGAACUUGGACCAGCCCCUUGGCCACUUCCCAGUCAGGCUCUCACAAUGCGGGUUAUGGGGCACAGGUGCAACUUGAAAAGGCCAUCCUUUCUAAGCAGCCUAUUUCUGGAAUCACUCUGGACCUUAUGAAAUGCUUUAACUGCAUUCGCCAAGAAGCCGGACGACGUGCUCUGCUAGCCCUAGGACUUCCCAAGGAACAUGUCCAUCAGUGGUAUCAUAGCAUUCAGAAGUUGCAAAGAUACUGGGAAAUUGAUUCUAGCAGCCAUGGGCCCGUUCUGGCCACAUGUGGAUUUCCAGAGGGCGACUCGCACUCCGUGCUUGUCAUGCUAGCCAUCGCUCUGACUUGGAAUGCCAGCCUCCAGGCUUUGCUUUUGCCAACAUUGCAAAGCACCUCAUAUGCGGAUAACUGGUCUUGGUCCACAACACAUCCACAACACCAUGGAGCGAUUGCCACAAGGACACUUGAGUUUACUGCACUCUGUGGACUCAGAAUAGACUGGAACAAAACCUGGUUGUGGGCCACUGAAAAUGCCGUGGCUGCUGAGGCACAAGACGUACUGCAUGAAGCAUUGCCAAAUGAAGCUAUUCAACGCCUUCACCAUGUGAGGGACCUGGGCUUUGAAUUGCAGUACUCCGGUCCUCACAGGCUUGGCCAUCGAAAAACCCGUAUUGACAAAGGCAUCCAACGCUUGGAAAAACUACAGAUCAUGACAUAUGAACUUGAUGUCAAAGAAAAGAUGCUUUUUUCCAGCAUUUACCCUGCGGCAUUUUACGGGUCUGAACUAUUUCCAGUUGCAGAAGAUGUGCUAUCCAAAAUUAGAAGCCUUGCAGCCGAUGCACUGUUUGGUAAAUCUCCUUCAAUGUCACCCGGGAUAGCGCUUUUCUUGACAAAACCGGCAAUUCUGGAUCCUGCGUUUUAUGUCAUGGCCUUAGCCUUUCGCACUGCCAUGCAAUGGGUUGCACUUCAAACACCGGCCAUGCAAACAAGUUUUUUCACCACUGCGGCGCAAUUCCAAGGUUCCACAGCGCAGGUCAAAGGACCUGCCACUGCGCUGAAACGAUAUUUAACCAAACUGUCAUGGACCAUGGACUCAGCAGGCAAUGUCCAUGCAGAUGCACUUGUGUCCGUCAAUUUGGCCACAGACAGUUUUCACAGAGUUUAUAAGUUUCUUGAGCUGGCCUGGCAACAAGACUUGAUAAAGAACCUUACAUCGCGCUACAGCCUUUUUAGCAUGCCAGAUAUCGCUCGUGACGAUACCCUGCUUGUUUUGAAAAAAAUUUCCACCAAAGAAAGAAAGCAACUCACCCGUGAGAUAGCCGGUGCGUUCCAGUUAGAGACACAAAAGGCCCAUUGGGCCGAAGGUGCCAGUGGACUGUGCAAAUUUUGCCAGCAACCUGACAGUCAUGCCCACAGAUUGCUUCAUUGUCCAACAUUUGAGGACACACGUUCCAUGCAUGCGACAGCACUGCGGCAAAUGGAAGAUGAAGGAGCGGAAUUCGACAAACUGCCAGCCAUCACUGUGCAUCCUAUGGCUGCUAUGCACAGGGCACUGCAUUUUCAACAGCCUCCUCCAGUCAUAGCGCAGGAGUUCACACAAUUUGCAGACUGCAUCCUGCGUAUGGACAGGGAAUACCACAUGUACAUAGAUGGGAGUUGCGUUUUUCCAAGCUCCCCCACAACUCGAUACGCCGCAUUCGCGGGGGUGAUGGACAUGGCCAGGGAUGACGACCAUAGGCGUUCACUUGCGGAGCAAUUCAAGGUGCGGGGCAUUGUGCCCCCAACACUUAGGCCAUGCUUUGCCGGGCGGGUUAUAGGAGAACAAACUAUUAACCGCGCAGAGUUGUCAGCACUCAUCCAAGCGGCUAUGUUCUCGCGAGCCAUCCUGCACACGGAUAGCCAGUAUGCAUGCAAUAUGGCACAGGAAGUUGCCCAACACAAGCCAAUCGGACCACAAUGUGCCAAUAGAGACUUGCUCACAGCCCUUCGUGCCGCACACAUCGACCCAGCCAGGGUUCGAAAAAUUCGAGCCCAUCAAGACUUGGCGGGAAUCACAGACUUGUUGCAACUCUACCAUGCUUUGGGUAACACCAUAGUAGAUGAAACUGCAAAAAGAGCGUGCCAAGAUCUUGCCAAGCCGUGGCAAGCUGAGUUGCAGGCUUUUCAUAACCAGAUUCAGUAUGAGCGUGACUUGUUGCAUGAUGUUUACCUGUUAUAUUUGGAACUCAGCACAGCCCGUAGCGUUGCUGAAAAACAGUUGACCCGACAGGAAGACACCACCCUGCCACCAGCGGCGAAGGUGCCAGAUGACAAAAUCAUGUUGGCCGUUGCCAAUUGGCAGCCAGAUGACGUUUUUGCCAUGCAGAAGCCUGCCACCAUGGAGUGGACACCGUUUUUUUCAUGGGGCAGCGACCUUGCAAUGAAAAUUGUUGCGUGGAUGGAGCAAAUACGAUGGGUCAGUGAGGGACAGGGUCCGCUUGAGAAGGUUGAAAACAACGAGGCGCACUUGGAAGACAUGAAGCUCUCGCAAAGCGAGAAUGGUAUCACUAAGGUCUACCCGCCGAAAUGGCGGAGCUUCAAGGACACAGUGCUCACCUUCCGCUGCUGCUGGGGGUGGGCACUCAAAACAAGGAAAGGGGCCGCAAGAUUCAGGUCAGUGAAAUAUUAUAAUUUACCCAGAUAUAAUCCCAUAUAUCACUAG